AAACUCUAUCAGCCGGUCAACAUCUUACAAUCGGGCAGCCAUGCUUUCGUCUAAUAGGUUGUUAUCGCAGAUUUCUAAGCGAUUCUUCCGAUCACAGAUCUUUGGAAGACAAAAGACUGGCACUUCCAUUCAAAAACACCCUGAAGUGAUCACAGGAGUUCUCCGCUCAAGAAGCUUACCUUCCUUAUACAAGAAAUACUCUAAUGACCUUUGUUACAAGUGCAGGCACACAAGACCGUUCCACUCAAGUGCUUUACUAUUUGAUGACUUCCAUAUUGUUUUGACUCCACAUUUUGCAGAAUCUGUUACUGAAGGAGACAUUAUCUGGGUCAAAGCAAUUGGUGAUUCAGUGGCUGUCGAUGAUGUCGUUGCUGAAAUCGAGACUGACAAGACAACCAUCCCCGUGCCAUCACCUGUGGCAGGUGUCAUUGAACAGUUUUUCGUUGAGGAUGGUGAAAAAGUGGAAGCUGAACAGCAAUUGUUUAAAGUUAAACUUUCAGCUGGUGGAGCUGCACCACCACCACCACCUGCCGCUGCUGCUGUCGAGACUUCACCACCACCUCCACCACCACCAGCUGCAGCCGCUGCUGGACCUAUACCAAGCACGCCACCACCUGUGACUCCUCUCCCCUCAAAGCCAAUGGCUACUACUCCACCAUCUACCGUGCAACUGCCGCAGCCUGCCACAGCUGCUGCUGGUGCUGUUCCUGCUGUCAGUGCAGCCCCAACUGCUAGAACUGAACAGCGGGUGAAAAUGAACCGAAUGCGUCAGAAGAUUGCUCAACGCCUUAAGGAUGCACAGAACACAUGCGCAAUGUUGACUACAUUCAAUGAGAUUAACAUGAGCAACGUGAUGGAUCUGAGGAAACAGUACAAAGAUCUCUUUUUGAAGAAACACAACCUUAAACUUGGCUUCAUGUCAGCGUUUGUGAAAGCGGCAGCCUUCGCUCUGCAGGAUCAACCCAUUGUCAACGCUGUGAUCGACGAUAAAGAAAUUGUCUACCGCGAUUAUAUAGACAUCAGUGUUGCUGUCGCAACCCCCAAGGGUCUAGUUGUCCCAGUCCUUAGAAAUGUAGAAAAUAUGAAUUAUGCAUCAAUUGAGAGGACAAUACAUGAAUUAGGAGAAAAGGCUCGACUCGGCGCCUUGGCAAUUGAGGACAUGGAUGGUGGCACUUUUACCAUCAGUAAUGGUGGUGUGUUUGGAUCCAUGUUUGGCACUCCAAUCAUUAAUCCUCCCCAGUCAGCCAUCCUGGGAAUGCAUGCCAUCAUCGACCGACCCAUGGCUGUAAAUGGAAAGGUGGAAAUUUGUCCAAUGAUGUAUGUGGCAUUGACCUAUGACCACCGACUGAUUGAUGGCAGAGAGGCUGUACUCUUUUUACGAAAGAUCAAGCAAGUUGUCGAGGACCCAAGGGUUCUACUGUUAGAUAUUUAAUACCUGCUCUCUAAUCUCUUUAGUGAAAUUUAUAAACUAAGACCAAAACUUUAAGAAACUGAACUGUGGCCUGGUGUAAAUGUGUAUAUAUAUGCA